GGGCUAAUAUAGUAACACCAUCAAUGAGAUCUAAAUCGAGUUAUUGGAGCACACAUAUAUAGGGCUAAUAUCAAACCCAGAAAAUUGAAUAUCUGUAUCGAUUCUACAACUCUUGAUCUUAGGCGAACAGAGUCGAAUCGAACAAGACUGUUGCUGAGUUACGCAAUCUGGCGCUGAUUUGAUGUGGAAUAAACCUGCUAGCGUAAGCUUAGAUUAAGAAUAGUUUUGAGGGAUCUGCUUUGUGUUCCUUUUUCAAACUCAAUGGCUUCUUUGUUGAUCCCAAAAAGGGCAUAUUGGGUAGCUUUCAUUUAUGCCGUUCUUGUUUCACACGCCUGCAAUGGUUUUUACCUCCCGGGAAGCUACAUGCAUACAUAUUCAACAGGUCAUGAAAUAUUUGCCAAAGUUAAUUCAUUGACCUCUAUUGAAACUGAGCUUCCCUUCGGUUAUUACACUCUCCCGUACUGCAAACCCCCUGAGGGAAUAAAGAAAAGUGCUGAGAAUCUUGGAGAACUCCUUAUGGGAGAUCAGAUUGACAACUCUCCGUACCGUUUUCGAAUGAACAUCAAUGAAUCUGUAUUCCUCUGCAUUACAAGUCCAUUAAGUGAGCACGAGGUAAUGUUAUUGAAACAGAGGACUCGUGAUCUGUAUCAAGUAAAUAUGAUUUUGGAUAAUUUGCCUGCCAUGAGGUUUGCUCAACAAAACGGAAAUAAGAUUCAAUGGACUGGGUUUCCUGUUGGGUAUACACCGCCAGAUAGUAAUGAAGACUAUGUGAUCAAUCACCUCAAGUUCAGGGUUUUGGUUCAUGAGUAUGAAGGGGCAGGGGUGCAGAUAAUUGGUACUGGGGAAGAGGGUAUGGGUGUAAUUUCGCAAGCUGAUAAGAAGAAGGCUUCUGGAUAUGAGAUAGUCGGUUUUGAGGUUGUCCCUUGCAGUGUUAAACAUGACCCCGAUGUGAUGUCAAAACUCCAUAUGUAUGACAAUAUCUCUGUAAACUGCCCGUUGGAACUUGACAAAUCUCAGAUAAUAAGGGAGCGAGAGAGAGUAUCAUUCACUUAUGAAGUUGAAUUUGUUGGGAGUGAUAUUAGAUGGCCAUCUCGAUGGGAUGCUUACCUGAAAAUGGAAGGUGCUCGAGUCCACUGGUUUUCCAUCCUGAAUUCACUAAUGGUGAUCCUUUUCUUAGCUGGUAUUGUUUUUGUUAUAUUUUUACGAACAGUCAGAAGGGAUUUGGCAAGGUACGAGGAAUUGGACAAAGAAGCUCAAGCACAGAUGAAUGAGGAGCUUUCAGGCUGGAAGCUUGUCGUUGGCGAUGUGUUCAGAGAACCAAAUCACUCAAAGCUACUCUGUGUGAUGAUUGGAGAUGGGGUUCAGAUCAGCGGGAUGGCUAUUGUUACUAUUGUAUUUGCUGCCUUUGGUUUCAUUUCACCAGCUUCUCGAGGAAUGUUGUUGACAGGUAUGAUAAUUCUUUAUCUUUUCCUGGGGACUUUUGCUGGUUAUGCUGGUGUACGUUUAUGGAGAACGAUCAAGGGGACUUCAGAUGGUUGAAGGUCAGUUGCCUGGUUGGUUGCAUGCUUCUUCUCAGGAAUUUGUUUUGUUAUCCUCACUGUGCUGAAUUUUAUUCUCUAGGGUAACAAAAGCAUCGGUGCUAUUCCCAUUUCCCUGUAUUUUAUUCUCCUAUCUCUCUGGUUCUGCAUUUCAGUGCCGCUAACCCUUUUGGGAGGUUUCUUAGGAACACGAGCUGAGCCUAUUCAAUACCCUGUACGAACUAACCAAAUCCCAAGAGAGAUCCCUGCACGCAAAUAUCCAUCAUGGCUUCUUGUUCUUGGGGCUGGGACCCUUCCAUUUGGAACCCUAUUCAUUGAACUUCUCUUCAUCCUCACUAGCAUCUGGCUCGGGAGGUUCUAUUAUGUCUUUGGAUUCCUGCUUGUUGUCUUCUUUUUGUUGGUUGUCGUUUGUGCAGAAGUAUCUGUGGUCCUUACCUACAUGCAUCUCUGUGUUGAGGAUUGGCAGUGGUGGUGGAAAGCAUUCUAUGCUUCAGGUUCCGUUGCUCUUUAUGUGUUCUUGUACUCGAUCAAUUACCUGGUUUUUUAUCUCAAGAGCUUGAGUGGACCUGUGUCAGCUAUACUUUAUAUUGGUUAUUCACUGAUCAUGGCCAUUGCGGUCAUGAUGUGUACGGGGACUAUUGGCUUCCUCACAUCGUUCUAUUUUGUCCAUUACCUUUUUUCAUCGGUGAAGAUUGAUUGAAAAGGUAUAUUUGCUAAUCCUCAUGGGCUGGUUGAAGUCUCCUGGUGAGUGGGAUCAAUCUAACAUUUUGCUUUUGCCAAAUAUGUCUUGAUACACAUCAUGUCGCACCGCAUUGAGAGGUUAUUAUAUUUUCUCUGCUUCCUUAGGUUUACAGAAUUUUAUACUAUUGAAGUUGUGUUUUAGCUGUCUCAUUCUCAUUGCGUUCUGUGAUGCAGUGGAAACUAGAUGUAAUCAAUUGAACUUUAUAUCCUUGUAUACUCUUUUGAUUUUAUGGUGAAAAGAAAGGUAGGUUAUAUUGCUAA